AUGGAUUCUGGUGCGUUGCUAAGAGACCAGAUAAAACACAAACUAAAUGCAGUCAAUUUGUCAUCCAAGCAUGUCAAGGAUGCUGCGUCGUUUUUGCUCACUCAAGCAGAACAUUCCGAUUUCAUCUCAAACCAAUGGCUUGAAGUAUUCAAAAAUACAAAUAAUCCAAGUUUCCAGUUGGCUUUACUCUAUGUAGCAAAUGAAAUCUUGACUAAAAGUUGUAAAUAUGGUGUUUCAGAAUUUGGAGAAGUAUUAAAACCUUUUGUCAUAGAAGCAACACAAUUUUUAAAAUCUGGACCAUUUAUAACUAAAUUAACAAAAUUGAUUAAUUAUUGGACUUAUCGAAAAGUGUUUGAUGUUAAAUUUACAGAACAACUUUUACAAAGAAUAAAUACUACAGAACAAGUUGAAAAAAAGAAUGUAACAUCACCAGUGUGGCAUAAUAAUGCAGAUGAUAUGGUUAAAAAUUUCAAUCCUGAAAAACUACUUGAAACUUUACGAAAAAUAAAACAAUUAGAUGAUUUAUGUGAUCUACACGGGAAAUUUGAUAUCAGUGCAAUUGGAUUUGGUACACCGAUAGUAAAUACUGUUAGUUCAUUGAAGAGUAAAGAUGAAAGUAGAACUUUAACUGAUCAGGUUGGUAAAUGUUGUAAACAUUUAGAAUUUAUGCAUCAGAAGUGUCAAGAACGUCUAGAUGAAAUGAUCGCCUUACAAAGUUUACUUGAAUCAGCUGAAUUAUACUAUAAUGUUCAAUUGAAAGAAGUUGCCGUUGUUGUGAAUGCUUAUGGUACCUAUGGGAAACGUGUAACAAAUACCCUAUCACAACUAAAUGAUAUAAUCAAUCAUAAAGAUGAUAUCUCACCAAAUUAUACAAUUGGAAACCAUACUACUACCAAUACUACUACUACUGAUAAAUUAGAAGGCGAAAAAUCUAAAGGAGAUCUUUUAGAUGAAUCAUACUACUCAAGUAAUGAAUAUGACAGUGCUGGAGGCGGAGGAUUUUCCGGUGGGAUGAUGAUGACGAUGAUGUUCAUGAUGGUGAUGUUCAUGAUGAUGAUGAUAAUGUUGAUUACAAUGACAAUGAUGAUCGUCAACUAA